GGACCGCGGGAAGUGUGUAUUUACUUGAAUCAUUCUCGGCUUUGAACAUGGAGAGCUCCAAACUCUGGACAACAGCGAUGGCAUGCGCCGUGCUACUCUCCUUCGUCCACGGUGCUGAAAUCGACUACUUUGACAAUGAAUCUGACUUGGAAACGAGAGAUUUGAGAGAUUUUUACCCAAAGGACCCAAAUUUGACCAACGAAAAGCAGCUUCUCGGGGCUUUGCAUGAUGUUUUGGAGAAAUUGCAGAGUAAACCAAUCUCACUUUGGGAAAAGAAGUUUGGGCGCGUUCCCACAUGUGACGUCGGGGAGCAAUGCGCCAUCAGGAAAGGAUCAAGAAUUGGCAAAAUGUGUGACUGUCCACGUGGAGCAUUUUGCAAUUACUUUUUGCUGAAGUGCUUGUAAACAUAACAGCCAUAAAGUUGGAAUGUGAAUUGGAAAUAUACACAUCCGGAUACAAAAAAUAUUUAUACAUUAUGUUCUAUUUUUAUGAUUAUGAAGUUCUAACAUAACCGAUGAAUUUGAAAGAUUAUUCAAUUAUUUGCUGCCUGUGAAGUGUAAUUCAACCUGGAUAAAAUGUGUGCACCUUUAUUUUCUAAGGCAGUCUGUGUGUUUCCUAGUGUCAUAAUUUUUUUUUUUUAUGCCAUAUAAAUUCAUUUUUUCAAUGCACAUGAAAAGUAUUCUUUAAAUGAUAAGAAACAUUAUUGCUAUUGGUUGCAGGAGAAUUGCAGGACACAAGUUAUUUUAGUAAAUUAUACAUGUAAUCUGGAUUACAUAAUCAAAUUACAAAAAUGUUGUACUUGUAAAUAAAUUAAAUUCCAUUUUAAAAUCCUUGUAAUCAGAUUACAUUUGAUUUGUUAUGGAUUAUAUGAUUACAUAUUCA